UUUCCAUAUGUAAGAGGCCAUCUUCAGUUUUUUAAUAUUUCUGUACUAUUUCUUUUAUAGGCUAUCGUUCGGAAGCAAUGAGUUUAAAACCCUUCACCUACCCGUUUCCAGAGACAAGGUUUCUUCAUUCAGGAUCUAAUGUGUAUAAAUUCAAAAUCAGAUACGGCAACAGAGUCAGGAGGGAAGAUGCAGAGAAUAAGGAAGUCAUCGUCCAGGAGCUGGAGGACUCGAUUCGUGUGGUCUUGGGAAACCUGGACAACCUGCAGCCGUUUACUACAAAACACUUCAUCGUGUUUCCCUAUAAAAGCAGAUGGGAAAGAGUGUCCCACCUGAAAUUCAAACAUGGGGAGAACGCCUUGGUCCCCUAUCCAUUUGUUUUGACUCUAUAUGUGGAGAUGAAAUGGUUUCACGAAAACCUGUCGCCUGGAAAACCAAUGAACGACAGUGCUCUUGGGUUGGUCCUGACCGAGAGGGAGGCAGCAGGAGCCGUGAGGAAGAAGCGAAAACGCACGGAAGUGCCCAGCACCCCCAGCAGGCCCGGGCCGGACAGGGCCAGGAUGAGGACCGCCAGCCAAGGCCCCGGCAGAAAGAAGCUCCCCACGGAGACCAGCAGGACCCGGGAAAGAAGAACCCCGCAGGAGUGUCAGGAGGCCUCGGCACUUGGUGUCACUGACGUCCAGGAACAGGGUAGGUGCCGGGAAAUUCAUUCACUGCCCUUUAAUCAUUGUCCCGGCCCCCGGGGUUUUCUGGGGAGCAGAGCAGCACAGAGCUCUGAGCGUCCGCGUGCUCGGUGGGUGAUGUGCCCUGUUCCCGUGGAGGUGCCCGCGGGCCACCCUCCAGCCUGGGGCCUGCCCUCGUCCGGGGUCGUAGAAGCCACCCCUCGUCUAGCUCCCAAGCCGAGUGAGAGGAGGCGGUGCAUGUGCUUCCUGUGCUUUUGACAGUGAAACCGAUGCCCCCAGUGUUUCGGAGCGUUUCCACGUGGGGCGAUGUAUUUCGCUUUUCCGUCUUAGUGGAGAACGGUGUCGGGGGAG